ACACCACACUUCAACACAUGAAUAGUUAUCUGGAACUUAUCAUGUAAUUAUAAUGGCAGUUUUCCGUACGUUUCAGUUCCCUCGAGGCAAUUAUUCGCUUCUGUUGAGACGCUCCUACGGAUCAAUGUCGAGUAAACAAGGACUAGUUUUGGGUGUUUACUCAUCGGAAGGAAAGGAUGACGUGAAGUUUACGCCAUACGCUCAGAAGUACAAUGAAUCAACAGCUGGAAAGUUGCUCGAGCAGAUUAAUAUAUCCACUGUUAUGUUCUAAGCCUUCCCUAAGCCAAUGCGUACACAAUAGUGCAUGAGAAGACAAAGUUAAAGAAACGUGCAUCGAAUAAGCUAACGCAAAAGCUGAAACUAGUUUUGUUUAUCCAAAAAGUUCAUAGAGCACGGUACACACUGUAGCUGCCAAAUCGGCAAGAGCUCCAAAAAUCUUUCGACCGUUGAAAGUACUGGCACGUUUUCGUGUUCAGUUAAACGUUGCAAAUAUCUCUAUAUUUUUGGAGAGAGAAAUUUUCUCGUGAAACAAUUCGAGCCUAAACCUACCAACGUCCCACGAGCCAGGUCGUGGUUGUUCCUGGAUUAGACAGCGACAAAGUUGCCUAGUGAUUCGUUGUCAGGGCGAUCAAGGACUACUUCUCCAUUAACGACUGGAGUGUGCUAACGUUGUUUUGAAGUUUCGUUUGCCAACUUCCGCCAUCAAGCGCGAAGUCCUCACCAACCAAUUCGGUAACAGUUCGUUCGUUCAGGUGUGAAUCAGGAACAACGGUUAAUGGCAAUAGCGAUACCGGAGACCGAUUGAAGUCGAAAGCCUGAUGACUGGUCGCCGGCAAGGCCAUCCCGAUGCGCAGUCUUCGUCCACGUCCAGUGGCGUAACAUCAUCGAACACCGGCGGUUUGUUCGUCAGUGCCAGUGUCAGUGAUCCGGGAAUAGUAAUGUCAUCGGGGGGUGGCAGCAGUAGUGGAAUGGGCGGUGGUGGAGGCGUGGGCGGCAGCGGUAGUAGCAGCAAUAGUAGCAGCAAGAAGCGGCUCGCCACCCUGAACGGUAUCCCAGCCAGCGUGGACGACAAGACGACCGACUUCCUCUGUCCGAUCUGCUUCGAAAUCAUCAACGAGGCUCACAUCACGCGCUGUGGGCACACGUUCUGCCAUCAAUGCAUCGCUCGGUCGAUCGACGUCGCGAAAAAGUGCCCCAAGUGCAACUAUCCGCUCGCGUCCCACGAGCACAUUGUGCCGAACUUCUUGCUCAACGAGCUCAUCACGAAGCACCGCCUCAAGGGAGGUGGCGUUGGUGGUGGACUCCUGUAUCGGCACAAGGCUUCCCUGCCCGGCGAAAGCUCACCCCAGUGGCACUCGGGUGGUGGUGGUGGCGACGCGACCGCAGGCGGUGAAGGCGACACAUUGAAGCACUUUCUGGCGACGGAGUCGAAGAAGCUGUCCCUCUCGGACGUGAACGUGAUGCUGGAGAUACUGACGCAGCGCAAGAUGCUGCUGGAGGCGGAAUCGUGUGCCGCCCAGAACCGGCUGCUGCACGAGUUUCUCAAGCACCUGCUGAAGCAGAAAGAGCAGCAGCAGCUGCAGAUCGCGAACGAGAUCGCCCUCAUCCGCGCCGACCUGCUGGACGUGGAGAAGGUGCUAAAGGAGGUGCAGAGCAGCUGCCCAACGGUGGCCGAGGUAGAGCAGAGCGUGCGAGACGAAAAGGACGAGAACGUGGUCGCGAUCAAGCGUGAGAUCAUCCAGAUCAUCGACACGAUCGACAAUAUUACGGUACCGUCGAACCGGUCGCUCGUCGACGACACGUGCUCGAACGUGUCGGAGGCGUACGAGGGGUUCAACAUGCACCCACGAGGUGGCCAUGGUCAAGCCGGUGAUGUCGGUGUUGCCGGGGGCUCAGGCUCAGUCGGGUCCCAUUCGUCCUCGUCGUCCUCCUUUCUGGCGCGCAAGCAGCGCAUGUACCAGCACUUUGAGGACUUCGUAGAGUGCUACUUCGCGGCACGGACUGAGGAUCUGUACUUCGGCAAGGAUCGCUCGAUCAGCUCCGACUCGCUGGUCGGAGAACGAACCACCGCUAGCAGCACCAGCAUCGGUACGGCGGACACGGGCGGUGGAGUUUCUGUUGGCGGAGGCGGUGGCGGCACGAGCAGUAGCAGAACACCGGUUGGAUCGACCACGGGGGCCGGACCUGGGGUACCUAUCUCGAACGCAACAAGCCGAUCGACGCUCGACAGCACACGAUCGAGCGGACGCUCGUCGCUGGACACAUUCCGGGAGAGUCUCAUCAAGUUCUCGAAGUACAGUGCAUUGCGGCCGCUAGCCACACUCAACUACUCGAACGACUCGAACUACGCGUCGACGAUCGUGUCCAGUAUCGAGUUCGACAAGGACAGCGAAUAUUUCGCGAUUGCAGGUGUUACGAAGCGCAUCAAGAUAUUCGACUACUACACUGCUAUUCGGGAUGCGGCCGUUGAUAUCAACUACCCGAUCAACGAGAUGACCUGCAACAGCAAGAUCUCGUGCGUUAUCUGGAACAGCUACUUCAAGCAGGUGCUGGCAUCGAGCGACUACGAAGGCAUCGUCACGAUCUGGGACGUUCAGACGCGCACCCGUACGAAAACGUUCGAGGAACACGACAAGCGCUGCUGGUGCGUAGACUUCAACGAGGUGGACACGCGCCUGCUCGCUUCCGGCUCGGACGAUGCGCGUGUCAAACUGUGGUCACUCAAUGUCGAUCACUCGGUUGCAACGAUCGAGGCACGGGCGAACGUGUGCUGCGUAAAAUUUAAUCCGAAAAGCUCCUGCCAUCUCGCGUUCGGUACGGCCGACCAUGGGGUCAAUUACUACGAUCUGCGCAACCUGAAGCAGCCACUGUGCCAGUUCAAAGGCCACCGGAAGGCAGUGUCGUACGUGAAGUUUCUCAACACGGACGAACUGGUGUCGGCCAGCACGGACGGCCAGCUGAAGCUGUGGAACACCAACUCACCGCCGUUCUGUCUGCGCUCCUUUACCGGGCACAUUAAUGAGAAAAACUUUGCCGGUCUCGCAACGAACAGCGACUACUUAGCGUGCGGCAGUGAGGACAACUCGCUGUGUGUUUAUUAUAAGGGUCUGUCAAAGCAGCUGUUUAACCUGAAGUUUUCUAGCAACAGCAGUACAAGUGGCGCAACAGGCAGCAGCACCAGUGGUGGCACCGGUAGCGGAGGGACCGGUAGUGGUCGAGGACGGGGCCUGUCCUCGUCGGACAUGGAGCGCAGUAGUGGCGAGGGAAAUGAGUUCGUUUCAGCGGUGUGUUGGCGAAAGCAGAGCAAUAUCAUUAUCGCUGGAAACAGUGAGGGAGUUAUAAAGAUACUCGAAAUAGUGUAGUUACGGAAAGAGUAAAUUCUAAAACCUGAUAAGUUAAGCUCUCACUAUCCAGCCGGUGUGCAUAGAUGUUAUAGAAUGAAUGUAUCACAUUCGCUCGAGGUUAAGCUGAACUCAAAUGAAUGUGCUAGGGUCGACAUUAACAUUAAUUACAUUUCUUUGCCCCAGUAGAGGAUUUAGUUUAAGUAUAGUUAGUGCUAGUGCUGAGAGACAAAGAGAAGAACCAUAUACAACUCUGAAAUGUUAAGGUUGUGCAUGCCUCUAUCUUCGACCCGAGAAAGAAUUCCACCAAGUAUGUAUAGCAGUUUAAACAAUCCAAUCAAUUUAAUUCGUUAGUUAAAAUUAUCAUUUUUUUAGAGCAGAACAAAAUUACAGAAUGCUUCAUCUGUGCCCAUCCGAUAAGUUUGUUCACUUAUAAGAACAGCCUGUUCAAAAAAAGCGUGACGGAGCGGAAAAAAAGAAACGUUUUUAUUUCUCAAUACUAUUUUCAAUUGCAUCUAUGAAUUAUAAUGAGAAGCGCAAAAGGAAUAUGAAAUGCUUACGUCUACUCAUCUGUUUUUAGGUACAAUAAAGAGCUAUGGUUACACCUUGUUGAGA